UCAUGCAAUCCUAUUGGAAAAUGGGCUCUGAUUUUAAUUUAAAGAGCCAACUUCUUGAAAAAAAAUUUUGCUCUUUCCUUUACCCAUUGCCUUCCAACCAUGGCAGAAGAUUUAAUAUCGAAUUUUCGGGCCACAAGCAACUUCCACCAAGCAGGCUAUACCUAUGCUCUAAUCAUGUGGGGUCUGUUCCUGGUUUACUGCAUCCUAUAUCAGGUUGGGAGAUGUCGCACCUACUGGUCAAGGUACAAAGCUCUCAAGACUGGUCUUCCACAGCCAUACCACCCAGGAUUUGUGGCAAGAGCUCUUCAUAAACUUGAAUACACUAUCCGUUUACCCGUCGUUGGAGACUACAUGGCAGUCAAGCACCUUUCAAUUCUUUCAUUCAUAUUAGUUUUAAAUACUAUAACCAUUUUAUUUGCUCCAUUCACUUUUGGUGAUGAUGGAUAUAUGCUACCCGCCGUUAGUCAGAUGGAUCGUAGAGCUGCAUAUGUAGCUUGUGUUAAUUUUUCGCUCGUCAUCAUUUUCGGCUCUCGUAAUACCAUUAUCACCAAAAUGUCUGGUAUCAGCUUUGAGCAGUUGAUACCUUACCAUCGCUGGUUGGCCAAGCUUGGAUUUGCAGAGAUGAUCACACAUAUUGUCUGGAGAAUCAUGGUGGAAGCUCAGAGAAGCGGCACCGCAAAGGCAGCUCUAUUUGCGGAUAUCGAACAAGGAACUGGAACCAUUGCAACCUUAGGCUACCUUAUACUGUAUGUUACUAGCUUGGGUUACAUACGACGCAACUACUUUGAAGUGUUUUACUAUUCCCACAUUGUCGGGAUUAUUGUGUCCGUAGCAGCAAGUAUGUGGCACGAAGUCGGCAUCAUGCUAUACUUUGUUCCCCCCCUUGCUCUUUGGCUAGGUGACCGAGCCAUUCGUUCUUAUAACUCUUGGUAUCAAGCCACCAGCGUGCUUGAAAUCGACGGCUCCACCGAUACGAUCACUCGUGUGGUAUUCGAAAAGGACCACGCAAAAUCGUCUUACCGACCCGGUCAAUACGUAUUUGUUGCCUUCUCAGGUGGCGUCAAUGGCUAUGGACGAUUCAAACGUUUGUUUACAUGGGCUAACUGGCAUCCAAUGACCAUUUCGGAAAUUCAUCAUAACUCUCGUCAUCGCAAGCAAGAAAUCGUAGAAGUUCAAGACAAUUUAGACUACUCUGUGGAAGAAAAAAAAGAUAUGAGUGUCUCAUCCAGCUCAUCUUCCACUGCCGUGCAGUACGAAGAUGUUGGCUAUCGACAGGUCCCUACACCGCAAAGCGAUCAUUCUUUGGUUGGAUCUUUGCAUAUCAAGACACUCGGCAACUAUACUACACGACUUCGUGAUAUCGCAAACAAGGGUAGUCAUUCCAUCAAGUUGCGUGUAGAUGGACCCUUUGGAUCACCUUUGGAUUUUGCAGAUCAACCUGUAUUUGUCGCUAUUAGCACAGGUGUUGGUGUCACACCAUCAAUGGCCUUCAUCAAGGACCUUGUGGAGCGACGAUCUCAGGGUCUAGCAACGGUAGAGACCAACACUAUUUACUUUAUCUGGAGUGUGGCCAGUGAAGAGCAUACAAGAGCGUUUUUGCCACUGCUGGCCGAAUGUGCACAAAUGGCUGAAAACUCUGUCCAAAGUCUCUCAUUUUUUGUCGAAAUCAACAUUACAAGAGAACAACAGCCUGGCCAGCUUGACAUGCUUCGAAGGCUUAGCACACAACACAAGUGGCAAUUGGUGUACCAGCGCAUCAACCCUCAAGAUAUUAUACAGCGCAUCUCUACCUCGCAUCCUCAUGUUUGCAUGCAUACUUGUGGUAGUCUAGAAUUUAUGACCGCAGUCAAAAACGCUGGUGUCAAACAAGGCUGGUCCGUCCACGAUGAAGCGUUCGAAUUUUAAGAAAAGGCACAAAAGUUGGGUCCUGUUCCUUCACAAAAUAACUAUUUAGGGUUUGUUUGAAAUGCCGACGUUCCCAGGUUUUCCCGCCCAGGCACGUUUUUUUUUUCAUGUCAUCGACGUGCAGCACCAUUGCUUGAAGCAAUGAAAUCAAAUAAACUUCUUUCCACCACUCUUGACAAGUCCUUUAUACGCCUCUUAAGCUUCUUGACUGUAAAUCAUGCCAGUCUGGCUUUUUUACUGAUGCGGACGUA